AUGCUAUUAGACGACUUGCAAAAAGCUUAUAUUUUCAAUCUUGAUCAUAUGCCAAAUUCUGUCAGUGAAAAUUAUUUUUCAAGCUCAUUUACUAAUAUGAUUACAAAAGGAAUACUUACAUUUGAACAAAAAUUUUCCUAUGAUGAAGGAGAAACUGAUAGUUUGGCUUCGAAAAUGGUAUUAAACCUUAACCAAAAACCUACAGAUAGAGGCAUUAUUGGCCAGAAAUGUGAUUUUCAUAUACAAAAGGAUGGGUUUGAAUAUUUGAUGGGUUUGCAUGCUGGUGGGUUACCUGAAGCUUGUAAAUCAAAAAAAUGGAAUGAUAGAGUUGACUUGGCAGUGGCAAUGAGGGAUGUCCUCUUUAUAGUGAUCAAAGAAUUUGAUCUUAUAAAUCUUGGUUAUGUAAUUUCAUCAAGAGAAAAAAAUGGUAAAGGCUUUGAAGAUUCUCUUUCAUUGAAAGGAUCGGACAAGGAUUUACCAUAUAAUAUAUUACAAGAGGAAAGCUUAUCAUUGAAAUUUAGCAACGAAUAUCAAGUUGUUUGA